UAUACUCCAGCCUCAAAGGGACGAUGGUGGAGGGCUGGUAAAGAUGGCGGCGCUCUCCGAGGAUGGGAGGUACGGAUUAAAUUGUGGCCAACAGAGCGCAGAUAGAGUCACCGUAUUACACGUCAAAUUGACCGAGACAGCGCUGAGAGCAAUAGAGAGCCACCAAAACUGUAAGAAUGUACCUUCUUUGCGGCCAACAAUACAAUUCAAGGGACUCCAAGGGUGCAUUAAAAUUCCCAAGAAUGAUUCCUCCUCAGACACCUUCCACAAUUUUGAUUUCUACCUGUCUAAUGUGGGCAAGGACAACCCUCAGGGAAGCUUUGAGUGCAUCCAUCAGUAUGUGUCAAGCUCAGGGGCCUCACACCUGGCAUUGUUGGCGACAGUACAGGACAAGGUUACAGUGUGUGCAACAAAUGACUCCUACCAGGUGACCCGCGAACGUAUGACCCAGGCCGUGGAGGACACACGUGAACGCGGGACCAAAGUCAUCAAGCCUGGGGGCCAGUACAGAGGAAAGCAAGUCCAUAUUCGUAAGCCUGCGCUGUCAGCCCCAGAGGUGGUCCCAGAGCGCAAACGCUCCACACCCAUCAACCCAGCCAACACUAUUCGCAAGUGCCUUUCCAAUAACCCCGUGUCCCAGCGCUCGUUCCGGGAUCGCAUCAUCCAUCUGCUGGCGCUGAGGUCCUACAAGAAGCUGGAAGUGCUUGCCCGUUUGCAGCGAGACGGCAUCAACCAGAAGGACCGAAACUCACUGGGAACCACCCUGCAACAGGUGGCCAACCUCAACCCCAAAGACAACACAUACUCAUUGAAGGACUUUAUUUAUCGUGAUGUCCAGCGGGACUGGCCUGGUUACUCUGAAGAUGAGAAGACCCAGGUUGAGCGCAUCCUGGCUCGCAAACUAGGUCUUCCCAAUGAGACCCUCUCAUCCAGCAGUUCUCCCAAAGACAGUGUCCCCACAUCCCCCCAGAAACGCCAGCCAGAAUUUGACUUCAUCGAUCCUUUGGCACCAAAAAAAGCCCGCAUCUCCCACCUCAGCAAUCGAGGGCCAGCAACAUCUUCAUUGUCCUCCUCCUCUGACCGCCAUGAGGACGAGGGCAGCCCCAGCUCUAAACGCUCGUCCCUACCCUCCAACGUCACCUCGGGCCCUCCCUCCCAUCUCCCCAUCUCGUCGCACCCUCCUGCACCCUCUCACCAGCAGCCCAGCCCGGCCUCCAACUCCAAUUCACCCAGCACCCCGGAGGGCUGCGGCACCCAGGACCUGCCCAUGGACCAGAGUUCCUCUUGCCGAGACCCUUCACCCAGCCCUUUCUCCUCCGAUAGGUCCCUGCAGGACAGCUAUCGCCAUCCAGUCCCCGUCCCCAGACCGGCUUCCUCCCCCAUCCCUCCUCCUCCUCCUUGCACCUCUCUCACAGUUACCUCCACUGUCAUCACCAGCCCUCCCUCACCCAGCAGUACCAACAAGAAGUUGAAAAAGAAAUCCAAGAAGCACAAAGAUAAGGAUCGAGAGAGGGAGAAAGGGAAACGGACGGAAAAAGGUAGCAGAAGUCCUCCCAGUGUAGCAGUGCAGGCUGAAGAGACUCGUAGAGCCAAAAAGAAACGAAGUGCUGAGGAGGAGAACAGCUCAGUAAUCGUCAAGAAUCCUCACAAAGAUCGAGACUCUCCAGAUAAAGAGAAGCCGGUCCAAUCCACUGAAUUCUCCUCCUCAGUUGAGGUGCCUGAUUAUGUAGUGAAGUACAUGCCAUUGGUGUCCAUGGACCAGCGACAAAACUACAAGGAUGACUUCAAUGCAGAGUAUGAUGAGUAUCGCCUGCUACACGCCCGUGUCGAGAGCAUCACCCGCCGCUUCACCCAGCUGGAUGCCCAGUGCCGGAAACUGGCACCAGGCACCAAAGAAUACCAGAAGGUGCAAGAAGAAGUCUUGAAAGAGUACAAAAAGAUGAAACAACACAGCCCCAACUACCACGAGGACAAACAGCGCUGCGAGUACCUGCACAACAAGUUGGCCCACAUCAAGCGGCUAAUAGCUGAUUUUGACCAGCGCAGGGCUCAGGCCUGGUGCUGAGAGCACAGCACACAACAGCUUCACUGAUCAGUAUUGAGAAAGGAGUGUCAAACCAGGAGGGGGUGUCCAUCUGGCUGUUAUUUAUUAACACCCCUUCAGUUACUGCCUCCACAACAGCAACCCCUCACCUCUCCUCUAUCCCUUUUUCCCAUCAUCCUUUUUCAUUCCUUGCUUCUUUUCCGAUCUUUGAUUCCACUGGCUUCAUUGUUGCCUGCAGUCUUGGAAAUCUUACUUAAACUUUACCCCAAUCUUUUGCUUUCUCUACGUUUGUUCGCAAAAAGCUCCUGUGGACUUACAUACCACUGGACCAGUGGCAGGAGCUGCUGCAUGUGUGAACGGGUUUGGGGAAAAACUCUUUAACCUUUGAAGGACUUUAUCUUCAGGCUAAAAAAAAGAACAAAAAAAGUAUUUUUGAGCAUCAGAAAAUAUUAACUUGUAUUUAAGUAAAAAAAAAAAAAAGAAAGAGGGAGAGUUAUUUAUUUUGGGACUCGUAGUGCAAAGAAGAGUCCGCAGAUGAUAUAUUGUUUAACUUUUGUUGAAAACAAUGCAAAAAAAUUUACCGCGGGCCUUAUGUGUUGACUUUGUGAAGCCAUUUUGCACGCAAGAUCCAUUAUGUCAUCUCAUUUGGCAAAGAUGUGUCUCCCGCCUCAUUUCCUCUCUUUUCAUAGAAACUGUACUGGAUAACCUUGCUUCUACACGUUGCUGAGUUUUAGGCUGAAUUUGAAGGAAAUGAGACAGGCAGGAGAAAUCACCUGAGCUGAUUGAGAAGCAACAACAGUAUGUGUGCAUGGAUCGUAAAUUUAGUUGUAAUGGCCACAUGGGGUGGUGAGGGCGGGGUUAACUAAAGGAGUAUGAACCCCUGUCAGUAGGGGGCAGUAUUCCCUGCACCAACAGUGUUUAGUUUUCAUGGUGCAUUAUGGGUGCCUUAAGGUGUUUACACUCAGAAAUGUCAAGUUGGGCCGACCCUCGGGGGCCAGAGGCCACACAAAGGAACUAUAACUGCCUGGAAACAGGUUGUGUGUGUGUGUGUGUGU